GGCGCUUGGCGUUCGUUGUUGUUGCUUUUAGCGUGUGUGGCGUUUAGAAAACGAGUUGUGAAAUCGGCGUCUGUAAACAAAAAUAUUUCAAAUACCGUGAUAGUGAAUCAAUGAAUAUCCAAUCUCCUUAGGAACAAUGUCCACAAGGAGCGGUCGGAUUAGACCAAAUGUAGUGGAGGUUAGCCCUCCGAGAACGCGUAAAGGUGUGUCUCCUCCGCGCUCUCCUGGGAGACCUAGGAAAAGUUCACCCGCCACGCGGUCUACGUCGCGUAAGUCGCCUACGAGGAAAUCACCGAGCCGCAAGCCAGCAUCGAAAUUUCCCGCCCGAAAAUCUCCUUCAAGAACAACAAAGGAAGCUACAGAGACUGCUGCUCAAAAGUCACCAGGCAAGCGACCUGCAAUUAAAGGCGAUGUUACUGUAAAGUUACACGAUGUCACUAAACUGGAUAUUUACCGCGGUACGCGCUCUCGACGCUCUGAAUACUCGAUCAAAGAUCUGUCAACAGGGUUGUCACAGAACAACGUUAUCGAGGAGCAAGAGAUUGUGAAUGGAAUGGAUUCAUCAAAAUCCAAUGACAUAUAUGGCUUACGAAAGAGGAAAUCAAUCGAGGACGUUGUCCCACGCCGGUCUAGUAGGCUACGGGAAUUUGUUGAUAACAUACCAGAUGUAAGACGAAGCCACAGUAAGUCAGGUAGUAAGUCUAUCAGUAAAUCUAUAAGUCAAUCUAUAACAUUUUCUGAUGAAGAGCAUUCUGAGGAUGAGUUACAGAACAAGAAAUCUGGGUCGGUGACAAGAAAAUUAGCCACUCCAUUAAGAGACAGUGUCAGUAAAUUGGCACAAAUUAGCAGCCGAUGGGAGUUUGGAGGUAGACUAGGAUCUGCUUUUUUGAUGCUGCUGAUUCCUGUAGUGGUGUAUACUAUUCUUCUGUCAUGUUCAAAAACAUGUACACCAAAGAAUCUUUUUGGUUUGAGCAUGCUGAAAUCUUUCUCAAUUUGGUUCAGCUGGCCAGCAUUGACAAUCAUAUCUGUCCAAUUAGUAAUACAGGCUUUAUUGACUUUUGUGCCUGUGUUAGGGACAAAGGCGGACCGUUUUGAUGAAACAGGAACAAAGCAAUACUUCAAUGCAUUUUUCUGCAGCAUUGUUACGAUAAAUGUGCUUUUCACUUUAAGUUACUUCAAUUUUUAUGAUAGUAACAAAAUUUUGUCAGAUUAUUUGAGAUUGGCUACUGUUUCAUACAUUUUUGCUGUAAUUUUGAGCAUAAUUUUAUAUGUGAAGAGUAGAAAAAUGGAUGACAUUGAACUGAAUCCUUAUGGGAAUACGGGAUAUGCACUGUAUGACUUUUGUAUGGGAAGAGAAAUCCAUCCAUUUUUCAAGAAUUUCGAUGUCAAAAUUUGGAUUUCACGGAUUGCCAAUAUUAAUACUCUCAUUUUGGCAGUUCUUAUCUUCAAACAUGGAAUCCACCUACCAGCUGAUGCAACAAAUCUGACUACGGAAAACUACAAGGAAUAUCUAAGCAAAAUCCAAUUCAAGCCUACAACCUUACUGUACGCUAUGAUGCAAAUUGUUUACAUUCUGAACUUUAUUAUGAAGGAGUACAAGAUAACUAGCACUUUCUUUUGGCAAUCUGAAGGACUAGGGUACUUUCAAUUAGUAUCAAGCGCCUUUUAUCCAUUCUAUUUUACGACUAUUUCGAAAUUUGUUGCGGAUACCAACCUGGCUCUAUCAACUAAUGCUUUAAUCGCCGCUUCAGUGCUGUACUCUCUGGGAUUUUUAUUUAUGCUUAUCAGUAACAACAUUAAAUAUGAAUUCAGGAAAAAUCCCCUACAACCACGUUUGGCACAUUUAGACUCCAUGCCAACAUUCCAUGGAAAGAAAUUGCUUGUCUCAGGCCUCUGGGGUGUAUUACGCCAUCCAAACUACACUGGUGACAUCCUGAUACACAUUGCACUGGCAUUACCUGGAAUAUUAUCGAAGCAAUACAUGGCUGCUGCCCCGGCUCUGCUCACAAUUGUACUCCUUCUGCAUCGUGCUUGGCGGGACUAUGCUCGGUGCAGACGUCGUUACGGAGCCGCAUGGGAAAGGUAUUGCAAAAGAGUACCCUCUGUUAUCAUACCUAAGGUACUAUAACUAUUUACACAUUUUUAAACUUGACUAAGUAAGUUUUUAAUUUCAUUGUGCUUCUGAUUUGGACUCGA